AAUAGUAAUCUCGACAAGAUGAAGGCUAUGUAUUUUGGUGGGAUACAAAUUUAGGUGACACCGUCAUGUAAGGGACAGCACUCUUAUUAAAUACAAAAUGCAUGAGCGCAGAGAAGACUGUCCUGGUAUUUGAUAUUUUACUUAGUGGCUUUCUUCGUACCAAACACAAACUGCUCAAUACUUAAGAAUGGCAUCCGAACGAUCGCGGAGAGGAAAUGCUGGAAGUCGAAUGGGAAAACUCUUAGAAGCUGAAGAUGAAGAUGAGUUUUACAAGACUACCUACGGAGGUUUUGAGGAGGAAGCAGAUGAUAAUGACUAUAAAUCAGAGGAAUCAGACUCUGAAUCCACAGAUUCUGAUUUUAGCAUAGAUGAAAACGAAGAAGUUCACAGUGAUGCCAAUGAUGAUGAUGAACCCAAAAGAAAGAAAAGAGUUGUUACAAAGGCAUAUAAGGAACCAAAACGGGAAAGUGUUCCAGAAAUAAAGAAGACUGAGGUGAAAAAAGAGAAGAAAAAACAGGAAAUCUCAUCUGUGCAGAUUUAUCAGUCACCAGAACGCAAAUCGUUACGAAAAUCCACAGCGCUGAAAUCCCAAGCAACCCAGUCACGACAGAAAAUAAGGGAGGAGCAAGCUCGCAUCCUUAGAGAUAUUGCUGACAGGAAGAAUGUGACUGUGGAGGAUGUCAGGAGACUGACACAAGAGGAGCUUCUAGCAGAGGCAAAAAUCACUGAACAAAUUAACCUUAAAAGCCUUGAAACAUAUCAAAAGUUGGAGCUAGAGAAGAAGCGGACAAGAGUUCAGAAACAAGUUUAUCGUGGGCCAAUUAUCCGCUAUCACUCUGUUACCAUGCCACUUCUCAGCGAUGAUGCUUGUUUAGAACCAGAGAUUGAUGUUGAUGAAGACAGUGAAAACCAGCGCACACCAAAUGUUUCUCAACCUGUUCUGCCCACUGAAGUGUGUUCACGAACUUUCAUCACAUUCACAGAUGAUAAGGUAUUCCAGGAAGUUUUUCCUCAAACUAAGAAGAAACCUCCACAGAAGCUGACCUGCCCAGUAACCAGACUUCCAGCCAAAUAUUUUGAUCCCGUCACAAUGACACCUUAUGCUACAGCACAAGCGUUCAAAUUCAUUAGAGAGGCCUAUGCUAAGCAGCUGGAGCAGCAAAAACAAGAGCAAAACUCAAUAGGACCUGCAGCAGCAUCUCAGCAGAGGAAGAAAGAAAGACUGUCAGCAAGCAGUGUAGCUCACGAAUAAGACUGAACAUUGGAGAUGAAUUGUUUGUUGGGCAUGUUUUCAGUGGUAGCAGUGGAUAUCUCUAGACUGCUAGAGGGUCUCCAUGAAAAAGUCUUGGCAGUAAAUGAAGAUAGAUUUGUUUCAUGACAGUUAUGAUAGGGCUUCCUUAGAACAGACUGACCACUACUCUGUCUAAAUAUGCGUUGUUAUAACAUGAGUAGAAAGUCAUAGAAGAUUAUGAUUGACCACACUUUGCGAACAUAAUGUAUGCCUAUGCGAACGUCUUUUUUAGUGAGUGGUAUAAUUGUAGAAUGUCAUUUAAAACCAGCGUAUGUUAUUCCUAAACUGUAAUACAGCAGUUUAUUUUGCAUAAAGCAGCUUUGAUAUGAAUGGGAACAUUUUCUGCAUUUGUGUGAAAUAAUAAUAAUAGGAUUUUUAUGGGGCAUUUCCCUAAACCAAGGCGAGCUCGAUGCGCUUCCUAAGGGGUAGUGGGGAAAGAGGCUAUAAUAUAUUGAUGCAGACUUCACAACUGAGUACAAACAAGGCCAUGAACAACAAAAUAGAAAAGCAUGGAGAUCUUGAAUUCGAUGUAAGUCCAAACUGGCAGCCAGGGGAGAUCGCGCAGAAGUGAGGUGGGAGGGGGGGAAUUGGUGUUUUACGCCGUGCCAGCAGCUGAGGCUAUAUUACGGCAAGGCAGCCAGCCCUGUAAAUAGAUGCCACGUGGAGAUAGAAGCUGUGUAGCAUAGUUAGCCUCUCGCUUACUUAAUACAAGGCGGGCAGCAUUGUUCUGAGCUCACUGGAGCUUGUCAAGCAGGCAACCAGGAAGAUAUUAUCUUAACAGAUAUAAUAAUGGCUCAGAAAAGUCCCAACAUUUCUUACUUAUAGAAAUGGAGGGCAUAUGAAAAAAUCUUUACAAGGUAUCAGGAGAUAAAUUAUUUGCAUACAGCAUAUUGAGCUCAACUUUAUUAAUCAAAUCCACAAGGAUAUUAUGCUGGUAUAUGUGGUUGGGUUUGGGAGAAAAAGAAAAAUUUCUGUCUUGGACUUUCUCGGACAGACAAAGUUUAAUUGGUUUGACAUUUCAACAUUCCUUUGUAGUUUGGCUCCGUGCCUAUAUCUUUAGGACCUUUGUCGCUUGUUGCGUUUUACAAUGUCAUUUAAAAGACCAUGUUCUGUUGGUCUGCUUAUUUUCAAAAUCUUGAUUUAAACAAGAUUUGAAGAAUACGAGGACGAUUAAUGAGUGACUUGCCUUUUACUUCUCCGAGAGAGGAAGCAAACAGGCAGUAUGCGCAAACAGGCAGUAUGCAUAUACAGGCUUAACAACCUUAUUCCUUCCUAACACCAGCACAAAAAUGUAUGGAUAUACAGUCGUUCAUUUCUUAUAUUUAUUGCUUUAUUUUUUUUUUCAAAGAGAAAAGCAUUAAGUAGCAUGUUGCCGAGCUGAAAAGGGAGAAGGCAGUAAUACAAGUAUUUAUACUUUCAUAUGUGCAAUUUAGAUCAGGGAGUAAGUCAGGUUCGCUUCACGAGGAAGUCGGAGACGGGAAGGAAAUACGUAAUACGGAAUUCACAGGUGUUAUCAGAGAUUGGAUCGAGAAGAAAUUAGCAACAGGAGGUGGUGCGAAAAUGCGGAAGGAAAAUUUCUUUCGCUAUGAAAAACAAAAGCGGCAGGACCAGUUAUGUCAACUUCCUGCCACUGAGGGGUUCUUUUCUUACAUUUUAUCUGAGACGUGUAAUAAACAUCUCCACACAAAGAGUGAAUGUCAAGUAUUUGUAAAAGCUUAUUUUGUGACAGUGGUUUACAUAAAUACAAUGCACAAAGUC